AUGCUGGCAUCCGUGGCCAGCUUGGUGAGCUCAACUUCUCAGCUCUUCCAUUCCUCACAUCCAUUGAUCUUCAAAACAACAGUCUCCAUGGUGCACUGCCCGCUAGUAUCUGCUCCCUGUCAGCACUUUUUGAUACUUGACCUUACCUACAACCAGCUCACAGGAAAAAUUCCCUAUGAGAUUGGUAACCUGCAAAGUCUCAGCUAUCUUGGUCUCUCAUUUAAUAGUCUCACAGGACAUAUCCCUGUGUCUCUGGGCAACCUAACAAUGUUAAAUGUACUUGUCAUUCACCAAACCAUGGUAUCAGGUAGCAUUCCUGAGGAGAUUGGAAGGCUUGUCAACCUACAAAUUCUACAGCUAAGCAACAGCACCUUAAGUGGUUUUCUACCAAAAACCUUUGGAAAUCUGACCCAACUAAAUGUUUUGCUCCUGUUUGGCAAUCAAUUUUCAGGGCCUAUACCCCAAGAACUAGGCAAGCUAGUACAUUUGCAAGGUCUUUAUCUUGAUGCAAAUGGUUUUUCAGGUCCAAUUCCAAUCUCCAUAACCAAUCUCACUAAGAUGAACGAAUUUUUUCUCUAUAAAAAUCAAAUCACAGGUUCCAUCCCACAUGCAAUAGGCAAUCUCAAUUUGUUAAACAAACUUUCUCUCUAUAGAAACCAAAUAACAGGUUCAAUACCCCCAGAACUAGGCAAUCUCACUAUGCUCAAUGACCUUUUGCUCCACAAAAACCAAAUCACAUCUCUAAUACCUUUAGAAUUGGGCAAUCUGAUGAAUCUACAGAAUUUAGCCUUGUACGGCAACCAAAUUUCUGGUCCUAUUCCUGGCAGCUUAGGAAAUGUAACCAGUCUAGUAAGGCUACUCCUCUUUCAAAACCACAUAACCGGUUCUAUUCCCCAAGAGAUUGGCAAUCUGAUAAACCUCGAAGGCUUACAUUUGAAUCUGAACCAAAUUUCAGGAUCAAUACCAAAAACUUUUGGGAAGUUGCAAAACAUCCAAAUAAUGCAAAUCUACGAAAACAAAUUAUCAGGUUCUCUUCCUCGAGAAUUUGGAGAUCUUGUAAACCUUGUUAGACUCGAUCUAUCUGAUAACUCACUUUCAGGAUCUUUACCAGCAAAUAUAUGUUCAGGUGGCAGGCUUCAAUAUCUCUUUGUCUCUUCUAAUAUGUUCAGUGGCCCCAUUCCUAGUAGUUUAAAGACGUGUACACGUUUGGUUAGAAUUGGCCUUCAGUCGAACCAACUAACAGGAGAUAUAUCUCAGCAUUUUGGUGUUUAUCCACAACUCAUAAAGAUGAACUUGGCAUUGAACAGACUCUCUGGGCACAUCCCACCAAAUCUAGGUGCAUGUACCCAGCUAACACUGCUACAUAUCCAACAAAAUAUGAUCACAGGUUCCAUACCUCCAAUCAUCUCUCAAUUGCCCAACCUAGUAGAUCUAAGACUCGAUUCUAAUCAUCUCAGCGGUGAGAUUCCACCAGAAAUCUGCACUUUAGCAAACCUAUAUGCCAUGAACUUAUCAUCAAACCAGUUAUCUGGAUCCAUACCUAUACAGAUAGAAAAACUGAGUAAUCUAAGAUACCUUGAUAUGUCUGGGAACAGACUGAGUGGAAUAAUACCUGAGGAACUAGGGGCCUGCAUGAAACUGGAGUCCUUGAAGAUCAACAACAACAACUUCAGUGGGAGCUUGCCUAGCGCAAUUGGAAAUUUAGCAAGCCUGCAGAUCAUGUUAGAUGUGAGCAACAAUAACCUCAGUGGUGUGUUGCCGCAGCAACUUGGGAAGUUGGAGAUGCUAGAAUUUCUGAAUUUAUCACAUAAUCAGUUCAGUGGCAGCAUUCCAUCCUCCUUUGCAAGCAUGAUGAGCCUUUCAACACUUGAUGUGUCCUACAACGACUUGGAAGGACCAGUCCCAACAACACGGCUGCUUCAAAAUGCUUCAGCAAGUUGGUUUCUUCCCAAUAAAGGUAUGUGUGGUAACCUCUCUGGCCUGCCACCUUGUUAUUCAACUCCAGUAUCAGGUCACCAUAAACGGAAGACACUUGGUUUGCUUUUGCCAAUUAUUCUUGUUGUGGGUUUUAGCAUUGUUGUUGCGAUUGCUGUCAUAAUAAUGCUCAGCCGUAAUAAGAGAAAACCACAAGAAAGUGUUACUGCUGAAGGAAGGGACCUAUUCUCUGUUUGGAAUUUUGAUGGAAGCUUAGCAUUUGAUGAUAUUGUAAGGGCAACCGAAGACUUCGACGAGAAGUACAUCAUUGGAACAGGAGGAUAUGGCAAAGUCUAUAAGGCACAACUCCAAGACGGGCAUCUAGUUGCUGUGAAGAAGCUUCAUCAGACUGAAGAAGAGUUGGAUGACGAAAUAAGAUUUCACAGUGAAAUGGAAAUCUUAUCACAAAUCCGACAACGAAGCAUCGUCAAAAUGUAUGGAUUCUGCUCCCAUCCAGUGUAUAAAUUUCUUGUCUACGAGUACAUUCAGAGGGGCAGCCUCCACGGGACAUUGGAAAAUGAGGAGCUAGCAAAGGAGUUAGAUUGGCAGAAGAGAAUAACUCUUGCAACUGAUGUGGCUCAAGCAAUAUCUUAUUUGCACCAUGAAUGCAGUCCACCCAUAAUCCAUCGAGAUAUCACGAGUAACAACAUCUUGCUUGAUAUAACCUUCAAGGCUUUUGUCUCGGAUUUCGGCACAGCAAGGAUUCUUAAGCCCGAUUCAUCAAACUGGAGUGCACUAGCAGGAACAUAUGGCUACAUAGCUCCUGAACUAUCAUACACAUCAGUUGUGACUGAGAAAUGUGAUGUCUAUAGCUUUGGCAUGGUUGUGCUAGAGCUAGUGAUGGGGAAGCAUCCAAGGGAUCUAUUAGACGGUAGCUUGUCGAGCGGGGAACAAGUUAUGCUGGUGAAAGAUAUUCUGGACCAACGGCCGACAACACCAACAACAACAGAAGAGAAUAGUUUAGCUCUGCUCAUUAAGCUGGCCAUUUCUUGCUUGGAAUCUUCUCCACAAGCAAGGCCAACCAUGCGGGAGGCAUACCAAACACUCACCCAGCGACCCUCUUCUAGUUCCUGCCCCGUGCCUUUCAGCGCACUUACAUUACAGCAAGGGAGUGAUGCAUGUUGA